GACCCGGAGCCGGCGAGCGCGGAGAGCUCGGGAGCCAGCCCUAGCUGUAGGUGAGCGCACUCGGAGCAACCUGAGCGCCCGACAUUCUCUAACGGCCUCUCCCGCCACCUCCAUGACCCACAUCCUCCCAUUUCCUAUUUCCAGCCUCGUGCCUAGUAGCUUUUAGGUCUGUCAACACAUGAGGAAUGGCCGAUUUUGGGAUCUCAGCUGGCCAGGCUGUGGCAGUGGUCUGGGAUAAGUCAUCCCCUGUGGAGGCUCUGAAAGAUCUGGUGGAUAAACUUCAAGUGUUAACUGGUGACAAAGGCCAAGUGUCGGUGGAGAACAUGAGCCAGCUGUUGCAGUCUGCCCACAAGGAAUCCAGCUUUGACGUUAUCUUGUCAGGUGUAGUCCCAGGAAGUGUGACUCUGCACAGUGCUGAGGUUUUGGCUGAGAUGGCCCGGAUCCUUAGGCCUGGGGGAUGUCUUUUCCUGAAAGAACCAGUAGAGACAGCUGUAGAUAAAGAUAGCAAAGUGAAGACAGCGUCUAAACUGUGUUCAGCUCUCACUCUCUCUGGUCUUGUGGAAGUAAAAGAGCUGCAGCGGGAGUCCUUGAGCCCUGAGGAGAAGCAGUCUAUCCAGGAACAUCUGGGCUGCAGCAGUGAGAGCCUGCUCUCUGUUCAGAUCACAGGCAAAAAGCCAAACUUUGAAGUGGGUUCUUCCAGUCAGCUUAAACUUUCUACCACCAAAAAGUCUCCUUUGGUGAAACCUGCUGUGGACCCUGCCACUGCCAAGCUCUGGACCCUCUCAGCCAAUGACAUGGAGGACGAGAGCAUGGAUCUCAUUGACUCAGAUGAGCUACUGGAUCCAGAAGAUUUGAAAAAACCAGAUCCUGCUUCCCUACGGGCUGCUUCUUGUGGGGAAAGCAAAAAGAGGAAGGCUUGUAAGAACUGCACCUGUGGCCUUGCAGAAGAACUAGAAAAAGAGAAGUUACAGGAACAGAAGAAUGCCCAGCCCAAGUCAGCCUGUGGAAACUGCUACCUGGGCGAUGCUUUCCGCUGUGCCAACUGCCCCUACCUUGGGAUGCCAGCCUUCAAACCUGGCGAGAAGGUGCUGCUGAGUGAUGGCAAUCUUCACGAUGCCUAGGAGGACCCAUGGGACACAUCUGCUCCUCCACCACCUCCUGUCCCUCAGAUCCCACCACUGUGGCUCCUCCCACCUCCUUGGACUCUCUGGCUCUCCGUUGGAAAUCCCUUUUCAGGGAGGGUGCUUGUAGACAGGGAAGCUGGCUGUGGGUGCAGUGGUGUGUAGUGCUGCUGUUUGUGUGCAAAGACCCAGGCUUGGUUGCCUGGCUUCCUGCAGGGGGGGGCCUCUUUCCUCAUCUAGUGUUAGGAGAAGGGAGCAUGCCCAGAAGAGGCCCCCCUCCUGGUGUUACAGAAGCACUGAGCAGACACUCUCGAGCCCACACAUCCUUGAGUGUCUGUGCUCUGGGACGAGCUCCAGGCCCUGCCCCCGUCCUAAGCUCAGUUACCCUGCCACGUACCUGUCUUCCCAAGUUGGUGGUUAACUUGAUAUGCAGUUUUUAGUGACGAGUCAACUGUCUAAUGUCUCAACACCAAAGGAGUCACUCACAGGUUACUGUGAUCCCAUCCCAUGUCUCUCUACCCCUUCCCGCCCCCUCACUUUAGUGUUGCAUCUGUGUCCCGUGUCAUUUCUGUUCCUCUAUAGGUAUUAAACGUGCAUACUUCUGUGUAUCCAUUGUAAAGAGAGGCUCUGUACGUGUGUGUGAUAUCUGUCACAGACAUCCAGUCAGUAGGGACCAUGAAACUGUCUUUCUGGAGGAGCUUAGUGUCUCCCCACAAAUAGGGCCAGUGCUGUACUAUAGUAUAGCCUCUCUCCUCUACUGUGGAAGAGUCCAGGUUAGUAAGAAUUUGGAGAGAAGUAGGAGAGCACUCUAAACCAACUGAAGUCUCUGAGCAAGAGACCCCUUUAUUCUCCUCAUGACCCACCCACAGAGAUCUGGGAAUCCAUCUUGCCAAAUAUUUGAAGAGAUUGUGUGGAUUUCAAAAGUGUUGAUUCUCUCAGUUUGCUUUUGCUUACCCUGGUCCACACUGCUGGAGUUAUGGCUGUGACUAAAUUCUAGCUGGAUUCCAAAUCCUUUGUGGGAGGCAGAGUUUUGGAGACAACCAUUGGCCCCUGCCCUGUGUGACCUUGAGUUUGAGCAAGACCUGUGAAUGCACUAGAAUCUCCCUUCUGGGAUUAGGUGAGGUUCUAUGGCAAAAGUAAAAGGAUUUUGCAGAGAUACUUAAAAUCCUUAUGGAUUUAAUGAAAAGGAAGAUUAUCCUGAAUGAGCCUGCCCACAGUUGAUCCUUUAAAAGAACUUAGAGAAGGAAGAGCUUGCCUUACCCGCCUUGUAGGGAUCAGCACGACAGUGUGAGAGGCCCGUGGGGCAAGAAACUCCUAGUGCAGACAAGUCCCGAGCACACAGUCCUCGGGAAAAUGGGGACCUCGGUCCUUUGGAAGAACUGGAGUUCCAGGUGAGAGCACAGCCUGCGAUGCCCUGAUAGCAGCCUUCUGUGCCUGGACCUCAGACAGAGACUGGGAACAGGGCUGGGAGGUAGCUCAGUGGCAGAGCACCUGCCUGCAAUGCGCGAGGCCCUGGUUCCCUCCCUAGCCCUGCAAAGUAAAACAGAUGCUUGUUUGAUGCUGGAGAAGUUGAAUGAGAAGAAGAUAAUAAACAGGUGUGUUAAGCAGC